AUGUCUUGUCUACGGUCAGGGAACUCUGAAAAGAGAAACCCAGACAGAGAACCAGUCCAGAGUCUAGCUGUGGGCAGCCCGACAGAUGAGAGCACCGAUAUGAAAGCAAUCAUCACAGAGAGUUAUCUGAAAGGCCUCGGCCAGCUGAAGGCUAGAAUUGAUUACUCUGGCCUUGCAUCUGCCUGUCAGAUAGCUCUCGAAGGGCGUGGGCCUCCAGAUUUUAAGGACCAGGUGAUAGCCACUAUCACCUGGCAAGCAGUCCAACUACAACGUGUUUCUAAAGAGUGA